UAGAAGGCGUUCCUGCCGCUGGCCAAGUUGCUUUGUAGUGGAGGGGGAGGCUCUCUCCUGCACGUUCUGGAAGGUUCUUGGGCUCGGCUAAGGCAGUAGUCCCAGGAUUUCUAGUUGCCGGCUGCGAGUCCCUGCCGGCUGAGCGGAGCCGCCGCCGCCAUGUUUGGCUGCCUGGUGGCGGGGAGGCUGGUGCAAACAGCUGCACAGCAAGUUGCAGAGGAUAAAUUUGUUUUUGACUUACCUGAUUAUGAAAAUAUCAAUCAUGUUGUGGUUUUUAUGCUGGGAACAAUCCCAUUUCCUGAGGGAAUGGGAGGGUCUGUCUACUUUUCCUAUCCUGAUUCAAAUGGAAUACCUGUAUGGCAACUCCUAGGAUUUGUCACGAAUGGAAAACCGAGUGCCAUCUUCAAAAUUUCAGGUCUUAAAUCUGGAGAAGGAAGCCAGCACCCUUUUGGAGCCAUGAAUAUUGUCCGAACUCCAUCUGUUGCUCAGAUUGGAAUUUCAGUGGAAUUAUUGGACAGUCUGGCUCAGCAAACCCCUGUAGGUAAUGCUGCUGUGUCCUCAGUUGACUCAUUCACUCAGUUCACACAAAAGAUGCUGGACAACUUCUACAAUUUUGCUUCAUCAUUUGCUGUUUCUCAGGCCCAGAUGACACCAAGUCCGUCUGAAAUGUUCAUUCCUGCAAAUGUGGUUUUGAAAUGGUAUGAAAACUUUCAAAGACGACUAGCACAGAACCCUCUCUUUUGGAAAACAUAAUUUGAAUAAAAUAAUUUUUAUGGAUUCUGAAA